AUGUCUUACGUCUAUAGAGAACGGGAGCGGGAACGUGACUGGGACGAACCCCGCUCGCCCGUCACCAUCAAACGCUACGUCGUCUCAUCCGACGAAGAUCGAGAUCGCGAUCGUGAUCGCGACUUCUUCUAUCGCCGCGAAGAUCCCUACACGGGCGAGCGAGAGCUCGUCAUCCGUCGCUCCACCGAUCGCGACGACUCCGCCAUGUUGUCUCGGUAUGACCGGGAGGUCGACUACCGCUCCGAAAGGGACUACUACGAACGUGAGUACAGUGAGCCCGAUUAUCCUCGUCGUCCCCGGGCCGACCCCAUUGUCAUUCCUGGGAAUCAGCCGGUAAUCAUUCAAGAAGCCCGAGGUCCCAUCUACGUGCAGCCGCGCGAGUCCGACUACGAGGUCGUCCACCGCUCUGAGGUUGACCGCGAACCCGCCUACUAUUACCACCGUCGCGUGCGCGAGUAUGACGACGAUCGUCGGCUCCGGCGUGAACUGAGCCCGGGUGAUUCCGUCUCCCAGGCCACCCGUCGUCGCGAUGACCAGGACUAUAGCAGCGAUGAUAGCAUGGUUUACAUCCGCAAGGAGACGCGCGAGUACGAAGACCACCCCCAUCACCGACGACACAUGGCUGAAGGGGCCCUCGUGGGUAUCGGCGCCGCUGAACUCUUGCGCAACCACAAGAAAAAGGAGGGCGAAGACGUGUCCAGUGGCAUGGGCCGCGUCGGUCGCGACGUUGGUGCCGGCGCCCUAGGCGCCAUUGCCGUGAACGCCGCAUCCCGUGCGCGAGAUUACUACCGCAGCAAGAGUCGCCAUCGCUCGCAUUCCUUUGAUGAUGACCGCAGCUCGCGUUCUCACCAUCGCCACCACCAUCACAGCUACAGCCAUUCCCGUCGCAGUCGCAGUCGAUCUCAUUCCCACUCGCGCGCGAGAACCUUUGCUGAGAUUGGCCUUGGAGCUGCCGCCAUCGCGGGAGCCGUCGCUCUGGCGCGCAAUAAGUCGAAGAGCGACCGACGGAGUCGCUCGCGCCACCGUCGUUCCGCGUCGGUCAAGUCCACCCGCGAGGGUGAUGAGAAGCGCAGCGAGUCCCAGCGUCGGAAGCAUAUGGCUGGUGCUGGGCUUGCAGGAGCCGCGGUGGCCGGCCUGGUGGAGAAGGCGCGCAGCCGCUCCCGGUCGCGCAGACGCAAGCACUCCCGUUCUCACAGUCGACUCCGGAAGGCUCUUCCAGUGGUGGCAGCAGGGCUGGGAACUGCCGCAGCGACUGGACUGUAUGAGAAGCACAAGGAUAAGAAGGAGGAAGAGGAAUCCCGUCACCGAGGGCGGCGCCGCUCCCGAUCUCGCAGCAGGGCUCCUUCUGACAUCUACCCUGACCCAACCCGGGAUUCAGCGGGGCUGAUAGAAUAUGGCGAACAUCCGGUUGCCGGAAGUAUCCCUGCCGCUGAUUACUAUGGCCGACCCGCAAGUCAACAGGGCUAUUAUUCCGACGCCUCUGACCUCGUGGCUCGCGAUGCAGGUUUUGGCCCGAGGCGAAGUCGCAGUCGGAGCGUGAGCCGUGGCGGGCGGUACAGAAGCAGCUCGUCGGACUCCGAUAGCCAUCGGCGGCGUCGGAGUCACGGCAGACACCGCAGCAAGUCCCGCGACUUGGCCGAGGCCGCUUUGGCGGCCACCGGCGUGGGGUAUGCUGCGCACAAGUACUCCCAGCACAAGGACCGCAAGAAGGCAGACAAGGAAGCAGAGAGGUCGCGUGAGUACAUCCCAAUGUUGCGAAAGAUUGCAUGGUGGCAGAGUACUCAUACUGUUGGACCAGGAUACGAUGACCGACGGGAACCCUAUGAGGAUCCGUACGCCCCAGAGCCAUAUGCAAACUCUCCGCACGACAACCAGUACUAUCCCAACAGCAACUACUUCCCUCCCCCUCCAGGAUCUGCUCCUCGUGUCGCGGGAACGGGGCCGGCCUACAAUCCUGCUGAUUAUCCCCCACCUCCGGGUGCCGUUCCCCCAGCUCAACCCUACAGCUACGCUACUCCACCGGCGCCGGAGCCGUACGCGCCUCGACCCCGGAGGGCAGAUGAGAAUGUCUAA